AGACCCUAACUCACACACACACCCGCUAGCUAACCUCUCUACAUCCACACAGGAGCAUCCCUGACUGGCACAAAGGGGGCUAGAAAGAGAGAAGAUAGAGUUGGAUAUAUCAUUCUGUACUGUGUAUUAGUGCGCUGAUCUCCCGUCCGCAUGGAUUACCAGUCAAGUAUCAUCGGGGGCUCCGACUCCAUGGACAACCUGGAGAAGCAGCUGAUCUGCCCCAUCUGUCUGGAGAUGUUCUCCAAGCCUGUGGUGAUCUUACCCUGCCAGCACAACCUGUGCCGCAAGUGCGCCAACGACGUCUUCCAGGCGGCGAACCCGUACUACACGUCCCGCGGCACCAACAUCACCGGCGGCCGGUUCCGCUGCCCGUCCUGCCGGCACGAGGUGGUGCUGGACCGGCACGGCGUGUACGGGCUGCAGAGGAACCUGCUGGUGGAGAACAUCAUUGAUAUCUACAAGGAGGAGAGCACCAGCAGGCCCCUGAAGAAGUGUGACCAGCCCAUGUGCGAGGAGCACAAGGACGAGAAGAUCAACAUCUACUGCCUGACCUGCCAGGUCCCCACCUGCUCCAUGUGCAAAGUGUUCGGGGCGCACAAGGACUGCGAGGUCUCCCCACUGCAGAACGUCUUCCAGCAGCAGAAGACGGAGCUCAGCAACGGGAUCACCAUGCUGAUGGCUGGAAAUGACCGCAUCCAGGCCAUCAUGACCCAGCUGGAGGACACCUGCAAGACCAUAGAGGAGAACAGUCAGCGGCAGAAGCAGAGCCUGAGCGAGCACUUCGACCUGCUCUAUGCCAUCCUGGAGGAGAAGAAGGGGGAGCUGCAGAGCAGGAUCACCCUGCAGCAGGAGGAGAAGACGGGCUACGUGCGUGGCCUGGUCCAGCAGUUCAAGGAGCAGCUGGAGGGGAGCACCAAACUGGUGGAGAGUGCCAUCCACUCCAUGGAAGAGACCGGCAUCGCAGCCUUCCUGCUGGAUGCCAAAAAGCUCAUUAAAAAUAUCACAGACGCCUGCAAACAGUCGCAGGUGCAGAUGACGGAGCCAGGGUUCGAGUGCAUGGAUCACUUCACCCUGAGCACAGAGCACCAGGAGGCCAUGCUCCGGAGCAUUGACUUCGGCACAGAGGAUGACGAGGAGUAUGAGGAAGAGGAAGAGGAAGAGGAAGUGGAAGGGGAGGACCCUGCUGACAAGCAAACGGACUGUCCACAGUGAUUGUUUCUGCAGAAACAACAGAGAUGAAAAACGAAUGCAGGUAUUUUCAAGAAAUACCAGAUGAACUUCAGCGACAAUGUGAAACGACGUGAUUGGGUGGAGACACGUCUCCUGUCAUUAGGAGGCGUGGCAGUUCGAGGGGCUGCAAAUAACUUGUGAUUUUACUGUCUGCAGACCAUCACAUACGCAAGGAAAAUAUAUUUUCCACAUACUUUUUAUACAGGGGUCUGGGCCGUGGCUGCUGGAUGUAUUUUUAAAAAAAUCCAUAUAUUAAAAAAAACUGUAUUUUUUACUAUGUUACACAAUGUAUAUGAUAUAAUCGUUUACAAAUGAAUUGGCUUUGGCAUGGUAUCAUUCAGCCCUGAGCCUCUCAAGCAGAGACUGACUAUCGUGUUGAAUUGCAUGCAACUGUUUGAAUUUUACUGGGGUUUAAGUUCCAUCAACCUCAUUUCACAAAUGCAUUUGAACCCAGGCCUCCAGAGCUGAAAGCCCCAGCCUCCCUCACGAAAAUAUAUUUUCUUUCUGUUUGAGAGAACUCGUUGCUGUUUAGUUCAUUAAAGGGGUUUCCUUGAAAACAGUGCCACCUGCAGUUAGGUCUCUGAAACUCCUCUGAGAGACAGUUACAGAGACAGUACCAUCAGGAUUUCUUUGAUGAACUCCCUCCCCUCUCCAGAAUGGAAUUGGUGCAGUCUGCAAGGACACUUUUUAUACUGGUCAAAAUGAACAGGUUUUAUAAUAUGAUAUAUUAUUUUUGUACAUGAUAUCAAUGGAACAAAAUGUACAUUUUUUUUUAACGUUGUGUGUUAUUUUAUGAACCAGAAUGGGCUUAAAAUGACACACUGCUGUUUCUUUACAUGUGUUUGUCGCUUGGUAGCCAUGCUGGACCAUCUUCAGCAGGUGUUUUGCACAGUAGAAUUUGGGAUGCCAUUUGUUUUAGCUGGUUCAGGAUGGUGAACUUUAAAAAAAAAAUGGAAAUACUUGAAAUCACUAUGGGGUGCAUUCAGGUGUAAUUUCAGUUUCCGUUGUUGAAUUAAAUUGUUAUUAUGGUACAAUGAAAUAAACAAAGUUAUGUUUAUUGCA